AUGGAGGAUAACGUUGUCCACGACAUUAAGAAUAUUGGGGUUUCACUUCUUGUUGAAAAUGUUCAACAACUUGCUUCAAAAGCCUUAAAAGAAAUCCCACAUCGAUACAUCCGACCUGAAAUCAGGACAGAUGAAGUUUCGGUCAACGAGUCAUCACAAAUUCCAGUGAUUGAUAUGAGCAAGCUUGGAACUGGCAACGUUGGAUAUCAAACUGAAAUGUCAAAGCUUCAUCAGGCUUGCAAGGAAUGGGGAUUUUUCCAGUUGACUAAUCACGGAGCAGCAACAGAAAUCGAAAACAUGAAAGCCGCGACUCAGGAGUUCUUUAUGUUGCCAUUAGAAGAGAAGAUGGUGUAUGCACAACAGCCAGAUAAUCUUGAAGGAUAUGGUCAAGCAUUUGUAAUGUCAGAAGAUCAGAAACUGGACUGGAGUGACAUGUUCUUCAUUUAUUGUCUUCCCGAGUCUUCGAGGAAUCUGAAAUUCUGGCCUACCAAUCCUGCUUCUUUCAGAUCAAGCUUAGAGGAAUACUCACGCGAGUUGCACAAAGUCUGCAGUAGCCUCUGUGAAUUGAUGGCCACCAACCUCGGGGUGGACGAAUUUUCCGGCAUGUACAAGGAGUUGAUACAAUCCAUAAGAUUGAACUAUUAUCCGCCUUGCUCCCAACCCGACAAGGUUAUCGGUUUAAGUCCACACUCUGAUAUAAACCUACUCACCUUAUUGGUUCAAUCCGACGAAGUGGAAGGUCUCCAGAUCAGGAAAAAUGGUAAAUGGAUACCAAUUAAACCUAUUCCUGAAGCCAUUGUCGUAAACGUUGGUGACACCAUGGAGAUCAUGAGUAAUGGCUUGUAUGAAAGCAUCGAGCACAGAGCUGUGGUGAAUUCCCACAAGGCUAGGCUUUCCCUGGCUGCAUUUCACGGCCCGAGCGGAGAGGCGAACAUCGGUCCCCUGCCGGAUCUUGUGAAAGAAAAUGGAGCCAAAUUCAAGACUGUGAAUUAUGAAGAGUUUCUGAAGAUAUAUUUGGGCAGAACCCUGGAUGGCAAAAGCAUGCUUGACUAUGUGAGAAUAUAG